AUGUGGAUCCUCGAUUUUGCCUCCAAGGUCGGCUUCUUCAUUUCCUAUGUCCUCACCUUCUUCUUGAUCCUCGAAGUCGUGAGGCUAGUCUGCACAGAUGCGAACAAGCGGGAAGCAGAGAGAUUGUUGGACGCCUACACCCGAGGCCGAGAGCAGGAAAAGAAACUAGAGCAGAAGCAUGAGCGAUCUGUGGAAGAGCUGGAGCGCGAGCUAGAAGCCUACUCGGUCGUGAGUGAGCCGACACAUCAGCCCGAGACACCACAUCGCCGUACAGAGAGAGCCGUGCUGCACCGCACACCGACUUCCGAACGGACGCUCGCCAGAGAUGAGAAGGAGAAGAGGAAGCGCUCACAAACACCGACGCGCCGACUCCGCAAGCGAAGCGAUACGCUGAACUCCACAAGUCCCUCCGACUCUCGCCACUCUACACGAUCAAAGAGCUCGUCCGGGACGCCGGAAUCCAGACGCUCGUCGAGGUCGCACCGCGACACCUCGCCUGAGUCGAGCACAUCGAAGUCGUCCAGCCGACAUGCUAGUCCAGGCUUCAGGAGAAGCAAGGACACGCAAGGCGCUUCGUUGUCGUUGCAUCGGUUGCUGAGGCAGAAGGUGUGA